GUACAGUAUAUUUAUUAACUGAUUUGAGUUAGCUUAUUCAGUUAUAAACUCUGUACUACUGUAGCCGACACCCCUAGCUCCACUAGUUCCUGUCCGCGUCAGUGCGUGUGAGAUUUUGCUGUGAGUGUUACAAUAACUAAUCUCGAUCAUAGUUUUUGUGCAGUCAGAAAUCAGAUUCUCCAGCAAAAACACACGAAUCCUGCUCUACUGUGUAGGUUAAGCAUUGCUUGAAUCCAGCGCAUGAUCUGUUCAUCUUUGUGUGGGUAAACCAGACAACAUCGAAAAGCUGUGUUGAUAAUAUUCCUACUGCUGAAAAUGAGGGAAGACAAAACAAGAAACAGAAAAGGAACUAAAAACGGGAAUGUUAUAAAAAACCCUGAAACCCAUUCCCACCAAAGUGGAGAUGAAGUAAAAGCCACAGCACUGCAGAAAGAUGUGGGCCUGAUCAGUGGUAUUUGCCUGAUUGUUGGGACAAUGAUCGGCUCAGGGAUCUUUAUUUCUCCCAAAUCUGUGCUUCUAAACACUGGAGCUGUGGGGCCGUGUCUGUGUGUCUGGGCAGCAAGCGGGGUCCUGGCUACAUUGGGGGCUCUGUGCUACGCUGAGCUGGGAACCAUGAUCACCAAGUCUGGAGGGGAGUACCCAUAUCUGAUGGAAGCUUUCGGGCCCAUCCCUGCUUUCCUGUAUUCCUGGACCUCCGUUGUAGUUUUAAAGCCGUCCUCCUUUGCCAUCAUCUCUCUCAGUUUCGCUGAGUAUUCAGCAGCACCUUUCUAUCCCGGCUGCUCUCCGCCUACGAUUAUCAUCAAGUGCUUGGCUGCAGCUUCUAUCUUGCUAAUUGUCACAGUGAACAGCAUCAGUGUCAAGCUGGCCAGCUAUGUGCAGAACUUCUUCACGGGUGCCAAGCUCAUCAUUAUCUUUGUCAUCAUUGGGGCUGGAAUCGUUCUUCUUGCACAGGGAAAUACACAACAUUUAUCCAAUGCAUUUGAGGAGUCGAAAACUUCCUUUGGUGCAAUUGGCUUAGCGUUUUAUAACGGACUCUGGGCAUAUGAUGGAUGGAAUCAGCUGAAUUUCAUUACCGAGGAACUGAAGAACCCAUGCAGGAACCUGCCCCUGGCUAUCAUCAUUGGCAUUCCCUUGGUUACAGUUUGCUAUAUCCUGGUCAACAUCGCCUACUUCACAGUAAUGAGUCCCACAGAGCUGCUACAGUCCCAAGCGGUCGCUGUGACUUUUGGGGACAGAGUCUUGUAUCCUGUGUCCUGGAUAGUUCCUCUGUUUGUUGUGUUUUCAACCUUCGGUGCAGCAAAUGGUACUUGUUUCACAGCUGGAAGGCUAAUCUAUGUGGCAGGGCGUGAAGGUCACAUGAUCAAGAUCCUGUCCUACAUCAGUGUCAGGCGGUUCACCCCAUCACCAGCCAUAAUAUUCAAUGGGAUUUUGAGCAUUAUCUACAUCAUCCCGGCAGACAUCAACACCCUCAUCAACUACUUCAGUUUUGCUGGCUGGGGAUUUUAUGGUGUGACUGUCCUGGCGCUGAUUGUGAUGAGGUUUACAAGGAAGGAUCUGGAGAGACCAGUGAAGGUGCCCAUAUUCAUUCCUGUCAUCGUGGUUGUCUUGUCCUUCUACUUGCUCCUCGCUCCCAUUAUUGACAAACCGGAAUGGGAAUACCUAUACUGCACAGCCUUCAUUCUGAGCGGCCUGGUUGUGUAUCUCCUGUUUGUUCACCUCGAAUUCAGCUGGACUCGCAAGGUUAUGGGGCCUAUUACAAUGCACCUCCAGAUGCUCAUGGAAGUAGUUCCUACAGAAGAGCAACAAUAAAACUGGGCCUCCAUACUGCUUGGGGAUGCUAUGGGAUAAAGUGAGGCUGUGUUGUAAUGACUGGAUUUUCCAGAGACUUGUAUAAAGGAUUUGAUGCUAACUGUAGAGAGGGUGGGUCUUGUAACCAAAUGAGCUUUAAAAGGUUAACAUGACUGUCCAGCAAGGGUCUCAAUCAUUCAGCCAAAAGACCUCAAAAUCGGUUUCACAUUUUAGUCAAGUGUAUCAAAAAUGUAUAUAAUAGCCUGUAUAUGUCUUCAUUUAUUUUGUCUGCAGAUGAGAAAUAAGACAAUUUUAAUAUGACAAAAUGCAUAUACAUGCACAUUUAAACCAAUGGCAUGUCUUUACCAUGUUGACCAUACUGUACAACCCUUAGUAUCCAUGUACAAAUAUUGACGUUAUAUAAUACAAAAUUAAAUUCUCAAUUAUAACAAACUGCAAUGUUUAUGGAGCUAGCUGCUUUGUUGUACUUCUACAAAUUGACACAUUCUUAAAGAUACCACUGUUUAAAGUUACCCAUAAGAAAAAUGAUUUUGUAAUAUGAGCAUGUAAAGUUUGAAUAUAAAAACGUUAUCAGCUGUG